UACAGAAGGAUGUGGUUCAUAGCACGCUAAAAGGAAUUUCUUUUUAAACAUGACCACCAGUAUGGGGAUCUAUUUUGCCUAUCUACGACGAGUGGAAGGGAUCUGUAAAAUGGAUUUAUCAAUAUUUUUUUUGUCAGCUUCCUCCUGGAAAGGGCUCUUGUCAGACUCAACAACUUCAGGCACCUGAAAAUGACAGCUACAGCAGGUGGCUAAGGACUGUGACUAUUAUUUGCAUCAUUCACUACACUGUUUGCUCAGGAGUGAAUGUGUCUUCAAGAACACCAAAUAUUCUGCCUUUUUUUCGAAAACAUUUAAAAUGGGCUGCUCACCAUCCAAAGGUAAUAAUUUUGGGACUCUGGGUUCCCUGAGGAGGAGCAGAAUGCUGCCCCCUGCACCUCAAGAAAGCCCCAGACAGUCCCUCUUUGAAGACAGAGAUGAUCGUAUUUCAACCUUCUCUACAGAUGGGGAUACAAAGGAGUUGAAGAAAGCUGGACAAACUCAGGUAUUUCAAAAAGAUGCACUUAUAACACCACAGAAAAAGAGAUCUGUGACUGAGCUUGUGCCAGAAGCAGUAAACAUGGAUAAACUUGGGAGUCAAGGAGUGGAUAACAACACAGUGUCCCAGAGAAAAGAGAAAAAUGAUGACAGGCAGGAUGUUACAGAGAAAAAGUCUGUCAGAAAACAAAAAAAAAACACCAGAGGUGCGAAAGGUCUUAAAAAGAAAGACAAAGAAAAAAUAUCCACAGAGCAUAAAGUGGACUUCCCAGAACCUCUGGUCAAAGCUCACCAAGCUGCUUAUAACUAUUUGAAUCCUAGCAUAAACAAGUAUGAUGUCCUGCUUGGACUUUUGGAACAAGCAACCCAAACUCAGGUUUCUGUACAGCCUAUGGUUGCUUUUAUGGCCCUACGCUAUGAGGAAAUAAUCCAGGGACUGGAAGAGAUGGCAGAUGAGGGAGAAAAAGUUUUAAAAGAAAAUGGAGAACAUCUUGCUUGGACAAGUCAAAUGAAAAAUCUUUCAUCUUCUCCACCUCUGAAGUCUGGCUCUCCUAAUAUUGAGCCCCCACCGGAUUUGUUGCAGCAGCUGCUUCAGUACACGACACAGAGAAUGCGUAAUGUGAGUCAGACUGUUGGUGGAAUUGGGGAUUCUGCUUUGGAAGAGGCAGUGGACUACUUUGCCUCAGUGUCAGAGCUUUUAGAGGAGAAAAUGAAAGUCAAACGUGCAGUAGAGUCAAGGUUGAUGCAAGUCUUAUAUCGUAUUGAAAAGGCCUCUCUGCGCAAGCCUGGACCAGAGGACUCUGCUCUGUUUAGUGAGGACAGUGGUAUUGGGGCCGAGAGUGAAUCUCUUGCUGGAUCUGAAAGACGCCAAAGAAGAGAGAGUUGUGAGUCCACUGGAACAAAUAGAACUACACCUGUUAGUCCAAUGGGAUACACCUCCAUGAACACUACACAAGGAGUGUCAAGGAAAAAGCUUCUAAGUCAAAUAAGUCCAAGUGUUUCCCUCACCUCACUCAACUCACUAGGUUCUACAUGCACCAUAAUGGCUAAUGACCAAAGAGACUCGUUACUAGGAUCAGCCUCCUUGGAAGAUGGGGAGGAAGAUGACGAUGAUGAAGAGGAAAUGGAGAGAGGCAUGGGACGUAUUCAAGUAGGGUUUAGAAAGCGAUCAAAUUCUUCCCCUGUAGACCGCGAACAGCACCCACGCCGCCUACCUCCAAAGCGCAUAGAGAAUCUUCAAAAUGUGGAAAUGACCCUCAAAAUGAAAAAUGCAAUUAGUGGUAAGAUACAUUUUGUCCCAUCACAGAACACUAGUGCCAAAUCAAAGGUCGCAGGCAGUCCAAAAACCAGUAGACGCCAGUGGACAGAUGAGGAGGAACGAUCUCCAAGAAGACCCAAAACAGCUGCGCCUGUUCAAAAGGCAUUGAUAAAACAGACAGCAGGGGCUAGACAACAACGUUCACGGUCAGCAGAAUCCUUGCGUAGCAAAGGCGAAGAUCCUACUCUGCUUGAACUAGAAAGGACUCAGAAGGAUUUAAACCAGAGGUUACAGAGGCUGAAUAAAAGCAAGGCUGGAGUAAACACCACACGAACAGCUCCAACUAAGCAGAAUAAAGGAAGCUCACCUGCACAGUCUCCAGCAAUUCAUCGCAAACAGCCAUUAUUGGAAAGGCACAGCAAUCCUCAACUACUUAAAGGCAAAGCUGUCUUAACAAGGAGCAACAAUAAAAAACAGGAGGUCACCAGUGUUGUGGAAGAUGAUAAACAGAAGAACAAGAAAACAUCCAAGGGCCCUGUAAAAGCCACCCCACCCCCCAGCCCUCCCCCAUCACCACGGCCAUCUUCAGGUCUUCACAGAGGCAGGAAUUCUGUAAAAAAACUGAUUGAUACCUUUAGUCAAGGAAUAGAGGGACUUGACAGUCCUAAAGCUCUGGGGCCUCUUAAAGGAGUACGGAAGUGUGGUGUUCCUGUGAUGCCUGGUUUAGGAAAUGUGGAAGCUGUGCUUAGUACUGGCAUAACCAGCUGUAGGGCUGAAUCCAUCUCAUCAGAGAAAAAUUGUGAUUUAGAUCUGGAUAGUCUACCUCCGCCUCCACUGGAAGUAUUAAUGGACAAUUCCUUUGAAGAUGCCCAGAAUCUUUCUGUCGGUAUAGUAGGUGAUGAGGCGACAAAAGUUGGCAAAUCACCUCUCCUAAAAAGAACUGUAGUAUCACAAAAACUGAGGGCCUCAGUUCAGUCAGUGACAGUAUUGCCAAGCAAAGGAGGCUUUCCACAAGUUUCCAAGGUUGUUUCUCUUGCUAGAGCAGAUCAACAAGACACAUCUACUCCAUCAAAGUUUAGUCAACUAAAUACUGAACUGGAGGUAGACCCAGGGAAGGAAACAGAUUCUUUGUACAACCAACCAAGAAAGAUUAUACACCUAAGACACUCUUCAGACUCUCAGACAGAAGGAACAUCAACAAGUUAUGAAGAAACAAAUUCACCUUCCUGUCAACAAGAAUCAGUAGAUUUUCAAGAUGGUGUCAACCUAUCAGUGCCUGGACCCAACACUACAGUGUCUUCAUUGCCUCCAUCUUCAGUAGUCAAUAGCCAUCCACCUGCCACCCCACCUAAUUCUAGGAGUCGAAUGUUACCAACUACGCCUUCUACACCAAGCAGCUUACAUCGAAGACUUCCCAGUCCCCAAAAUGUUAAGAGGCAACCUACUCCACCAACUUCAGCAAGCCCUCCUGUCAACAAGAACUCCCCCACACCACCAGCACUUCAGAGGAGGCUCCCCAGUCCACCUGUUGCAAAACAGAACAUCUUAAAUUCGAACACAGCCUCCUCGUACCCUUUCAAAGCACCAUCUCCACCUGCCUCGCCAAAAGUACAAAGAUGGACAAGAGAAAACAGCGGUGAAGACUCACCUAGUGCUCGGAUGAUCAGUAAUGCACGUUCAGUCUUCUGCCCUGUGUCCCCAUCCCUGUUUGAAUCCCAGCCUUGUUCAAUUCCCCGACCCCCUCAAGCGUGGUCAUCUACUGGGGUGUCUUUUCUCCCACGUCCUUUUGGAAGUCGCGCAAGGUUUCCUGUAUCUGUUCGUGGACCUCGACCCUUCAUCCGACGAAGCCAUUCAGAUCGAAGGCCAAGUCUAAGUCUGCCACCAAGAUCACCAGGCAUCUCAGUUGCUGAGACUUGUGGAAGUGAGCCAUUAAUAUGUUCGCAGGGGCUAGACGAUGAACCAACCAGGGACGAUGAAUCAUGGGGUAGCCAAUCAGACCUCAGAGCUACACCACGCUCUGCAUCACACCCGGAUCUGUGUGUUGUUGGUCAGGCCUUUCACAGAGACUGAAAGGGCCAAUGGAGGGCCAGUGGGAUUAAGGAUUAGCAAGCUUUACAGAGGAUUAAGGAGGUGGUGAUGGUGUUUAUUCCACUGAGAACAGAGGAGGAGUUAAUUCUAUCAACUUGUUGCUGUCACACACCUCCACCAUGUUUAUGAUUAAAAUGUGUUUCAGCGUUUAUUUCUUGUGUGUGUGAAACUUGCAUGCAUACAUGUGGACUAAAAUGUGUAUGUGCUUAAACAUGCUUUUGAAUUUGCAUCUUUUGAAGAUUAUUUUGCAUCUCAUGUCUUUCAAAGAGAAAUACAUUUUUAUAAGACACAAUUUCAUGUUUACAAUAUCUGAAACUCAUCUUGGGGCUUCAUGUGAUUUUACAGGUUGUCCACACUAGGCAUAAAUGUAUCAACAAGUGUCCAAACAAGUGACUCAUGCUUUGAGUUCAUUUUGAUCAGCUUUUACAUCUUAAAAAUCCAGACAUGUCUUGGUGGCUCAUUGGUCAAAGGGACCAGAAUCAUUGCAGGAUUUUGUGUCGAUGUUUUUUGGAAGUAAUUGGUUCAAGCAAUUAUAUCAUCACCAAUAAUUGAAUACCACAUUAUUGUUGUUAAGCGUGUGCUAAUUAUUUCAGUGAGAUGUCAGUUCUCUCUCUUUUUAUUUACUGCAAGCCUAACCUGUCCAACAAAAUCUUCAAGUUUGUCUGUGUUAUCUGUUUCCUUUUUGCUAUUUGUUUAUUAAUAAAAAGCACACACAAUCAUUUCACACAAUCAAUUUGCGUGUUUUAUACACAGUAAUUGGGCCAAACCCUCAAUAAGGUUUGGACUACUAUUCUAUCCAGUGGUGAAAUGUAACUAAGUAUAUUUACUGAGUAUGUAUCUACAAAUUGGAGGUACUUGUACUGCACUUAAGGAUUUUCAUUUCUUCCUGCUUUAUAUCCCUACUACACAAUUAAAAGGGUGAUAUUUUACUUUUUAGCCGACUACAUAUAUUUUACAGCUAAGGUUACGUUUUACUAAACCAAAUAAUUCAUAUGAAAGCAACUAGGAACAUCAAGGAUUAAAUAACCAUACCAUAACAUACAUAGUUGACGAGUCUUUUAAUCAAUUAGCCAAUCAGCAGAAAUAAAAUAAAAUGAUUACAUUACAUAACAUUAUUUAAAUCAUUUUUUUAUUCAAAAUUGAUGGGACAUUUUCAAUCUACAGAUCUGCUGAUUCCCAGUUUUUUUUUUUAAAAUUACACUGUACCGAGUAAUGUGAGUGUGACUAAUCAGGAAAAAACAAGCACAUUGAAGGCAUCACUUUGGCUUUUGGUAGUUGUAAUGGACAUUUCUCACAAUUUUCCAAAGUUUUCCUAAACAACCAGUCAGUUGAUUGAUUGAUCACACAAUUACCAGAUUAAUCCAUUUUGAAAAUGAUCACAGAGCUGCUGGAUUCCAAACAUGUCCCGAACUGGAAAUAUGCUCAUGUGCCUGUUCAGUUCCACCAACAUUUGCUUGCAAGAAGAAGCAGAUGGCAAUUUCUAGAAUCUGCAAACAAAACUUGUUGGAUCUCAAAAGGCUCAGAAAUGACAUAGCUAAGUGUCGGGGAAAUUAUGCUUUUGUCAAGAGUCCAAAUAAAUUGGAGCCACAUCCUCAAUAAGACCUGAUAUGAAAAGAAACAGCAAUAAAAGUGAUAUUGUCCUGACAAAGCCUGCUUUUCUUAAAUUAAUUUGUCUUAUUUUACAUUUUCUUAUUCCUUAAUAAUGUACUCAUGUGGCAUUUGAUGCCAGCUUUGUGUUAAAACAUAAAAACUGUUUCU